CUCAGGGUAAAGUUUUAGUGAACUCAAGAAGGGAACUGCAAAUGCAACUUUGCCUGUUGUUUCACCUGAAUUUAUAAGUGAGUUACCAGCAGUCUGUCUGGUGUUGGCAGCAUCAGUGUGGGAACAUCAGACAGCAUGAAACUCCUCAUUCUCUGUGCCUGGCUCUUUCUCGUGCCCGAAAUACAAAGUUUUGAAAUAAUUGCAGGUGACUUUUCGGAUGUGUCUCCCGUAGGAACUCCUGGAUCUGACAAGAUUGUGGAUGGUCCUUCUGUAAAUAUAAACAAAUAUGAAAGACGCCAAAAGAGAAGUGAUGACAACAGCAAGGAGGAGGAGGAGGAUCACAUUGAUGAACACAUCACCAUUCACAGCUAUAAAGUUAAAUCCAUUAUCACCUCGCGCUUUGCUGAAACAGUCUUCAGCACGAAGGUAGUGAAUAAGGAUUUGAGUCCACAGAAUGUGGUGUUCAACGUAGAGAUUCCCAAGGGAGCCUACAUCUCAAAUUUCACAAUGACAGUGAAUGACAUAACAUUUGUUGGAUCCGUGCAUGAGACAAAUGUGGCCAGAAAACUUUAUGCAGAAGCAUUGGCCCAAGGGAAGGCUGCUGGGAUUCUUAGGACAUCAGCUCAUGAGAUGGAAAGUUUUAAGGCUGAAGUAAAUGUUCCUGGUGGGAGCAAAGUCAGCUUUGAACUUUACUGUCAAGAACUGUUACAACGACGACUGGGGUUUUAUGAACAAACUAUCAUACUCCACCCAGGAAGCUUAGUGAAGCAGCUCCAGGUACAUUCAAUAAUCUUUCUUGCUACACUGUGCACUCAAUGGACUGUUGAAGCCAUGGCAACAAUCCUGUCUGAUCUCCGCCCAGAGGACCAGUUCACAAUUAUUGAUUUCAACCACAACAUUCGUUUCUGGAAUCAACAUCUGGUUCCAGCCACUCCCAAUCAGAUUGAGGAUGCCAAAAAAUAUAUUGAGAAAAUCCAGCCGAGUGGUGGAACAAACAUCAAUGAAGCAGUCCUGUCAGCCAUUUAUAUAUUAACGGAAGCCAAUAAUUUGGGUCUGCUCGAUCCACGAUCUGUAUCGUUCAUUAUUAUGGUAUCAGAUGGAGACCCCACAGUAGGUGAAAUUAAACUGAGCAACAUCCAGAGAAAUGUCAGAAGAAAAAUGCAGGAAGAUAUCUCUCUUUUCUGCCUCGGAAUUGGUUUUGAUGUGGACUACGACUUUCUAGAAAGGAUAGCUCUUGAAAACCGAGGAAUUGCUCGGCGUAUUAUUGCGAAUGUCAAUGCAUCCAGUCAGCUGAAGGAUUUCUAUGAAGAAGUGGCCACUCCAUUGCUGAGAAAGAUUGACAUACACUACGGUGACGAUGUGACAGAUGUGACACAAAGUAGUUUUGAUAAGUAUUUCAGCGGUUCUGAGAUAAUUGUAGCAGGAAAACUGGCAGAGAAGAAACCUUCACCGCUCCAAUGCCUGGUGACCGCGUCCUCAGCAAAUGAUGAUCUAAUGUUUCAAGUAGACUCUCCAAUAGAUGAACUUGACAAGAUUCUGGCUAAGCAGAAAUAUGUACUUCCAGAGUUUGCAAAGCAGCUAUGGGCCUAUCUUACUAUUAACCAGUUGUUAUCUGAGAGAGUGCUUGCCCAGUCAGCUUUGCAGAAGAGGAAUAUCACAAGCAGAAUUUUAGCUAUUGCCCUGGUUCACCAACUUAUAACACCUGUGACUGCCAUGAUGGUAGAGAAUGACGAAACUGGCCAGAGACUGUUGGCAGAUUCUCCUAAAAGCACCAGAAAUGGAUGCUGUACAGGAACUCCUAUUAUUGGGAAGAAGACACCUGCUAUUCCAACUUGGGCUAAAAAGAGUUAUUCAACCCCCCAACCUCCUCAGCAACUUAUUCGUCCUGAAGUGGACUCAAAAGUAGGAAUGAAUGUUCCUGUCACAUCAGUUGAAAAUGAUCCACAUUUCAUCAUUCACCUGCCCAAGAGCAAACAAGACAUUUGCUUCAAUGUUAAUCCACAACCUGGAAAAAUCCUGAAUCUGGUGUCAGAUCCAAUCAAAGGUAUUGCGAUCAAUGGCAAAAUUAUUGGUGGCAAGCAAACCAAAAAUGGGAAGCUGAACACCUAUUUUGGCACAAUUGGACUUCAUUUUACCAAUCUGAACUUGAGCUUUGAGAUCAACACAGAGAAGAUUCGUUUGAAAGAUGGGCAACGCAAAACUCUCCUUUGGUGGUCAGAAUCAAGCAUUCUGACUCAUGCUGGUGUUGUUGUGUCAGUGCAAAGAAAUACUAAUGUCACCAUUACUGUGGGAGAAGAUAUGGUCUUCCUGAUCUUAUUGCAUCGUGUCUGGAAAAACCAUCCAACCAAUGUAGAUUUCCUGGGAUUUUACGCUUCUCCUAAAAACAACUUCUCAACAAGUGUCCAUGGAUUAAUAGGUCAGUUCAUCCAUGAACCUGAAGUGAACGUGUAUGAUAUCCACCAGGGCUCAGAUCCUGAUAAACCACAAGCAACCAUGGAAGUGAAAGGACACAGAAUUACGGUAACCAGGGGUUUACAGAAAGACUAUAGAACGGGUACAGUAAACGGAACAGAUGUCCAAUGCUGGUUCAUCCACAAUAGCGGAAAAGGCUUUAUCGAUGGACAUUUCAAAGAUUAUCUUGUUCCACACCUUUACAGCUUCCUGAAUCAUCCAUGAGCUUUCUGAAACUGUAAAGGCUAGAAAGAUAAAAGGUAGAGAGUAUCUGCAGCAUAGAAAAAAAUAAUUAAAAACCAGUCAUAAAAAUUACUUUUAAAGCAAACUUUUCAUUCAAUAUCAUCACAAGAAUGUUGCUUUGACCGAAGUGUUUUCUACAGUAAUCUUUCACUGUAGUAUUGUUCUAUAACCCUUUCACAUACUUUUGAUCUCUUACUAAGGUGUUCAAACAUUCACUUACAAUGCAGAUUAGAUGGCAUCUAGAUAACAAUUACAGAAGGUCUGCUGUACUUGUCCUCCAGACUUUUUUUAUUUGCUGAAUGUUGCUCAGUAAUGUGAAUAGGAACCAUUGUGCAUUGUUAUGGUUUAAUAUCAUUUCCAGUUAACCAAAUUUCAAAAUUAUAAACAGAAAAUAUAUAAAGGCUGCUUUUGACUGCAAUAGACGGAGUAAGAGUUUCAAAAUAAAUACAACUGCUCAGCUGUGACUUCCCCCUUUAAGGAGUUCCAGCUAUGCUUUUUUUUAAAAAAAAGUGCUUUGAACAAGGUAUUCCAUGCACGUUAUCAACAAUACCAGCUAUAAAAGCUGCAAGAGUUUAUUUAGCAAACUCUGGUUGGCUUAUUCAUCACUGCAGGUUAGAUAAAUGGUCAAGAAUUGAGUCACAGGAUACAGGUUACAUCCAGCUUACCUGAGAAAGCAAACAUGAUAAUCUCUGGUUGUUCUGCUUUUCUGGUUUGAUUACUGUAUUUAAAAUGAUGCUAGGAAAUUUACUAACAGUGGACGCAAAAUUGUAGUGCAGAAUAAAUAUAAUGUUUUGCAAAUUA